CCUAAUUUCUCUCCCCAAUAAAACCUCAAAAAAGACAGAGAGAAACCCAACAGCCAAAACCCGCCGUCUUCACUCUCACUCUUACUCCAUCUCCAACGGUUGGUUUCCACUAGCAAAUUUUAGCAAUCAAUUUUAUCGGUACUUUUCAAUAUCGCCGCCGACAUUCCUCGAAUCCGCAGCCGGCGACAGUUGAAAUGACGGUGUUGAGGUCUCGUGAAGUUGCUCCCCCGGGAAUGACAUUGAAAACUCCGGCGAAAGGUGUGGAUAUAGGGGUGUUUGAGCCGGAGACUCCGGCGAAAACCCUAGAAGGCUUGAACCAUCAGUCAACGACUAGUCCUUUGAGUUUGAGCCCUAAGGCUCCUUGUCAGGAUGGUAAGGAAGGGUUGGCGGCUGGAAGUGUCCACAGGCGGAGUGCUCGAUUGGCUUCCAAGUUGGACUUAACUGAAGGUUUAGAAACUGUUAAAACUUUUAGUCGAAAAAGGAAGAGAUUGGAUGCUGGAAAUGAUGGGAGUUUGGGUGAUGGCCUUAAUUUGGCUACUGCAUCUACUGAGAAGAAGGAUGAUGUUGGAAUUGGGGUUGGGGACGUAAUGUUAGAGGAACCAAAUAAAUCUGACUCUCUUGUUGAUUUGGGAAAUUCAGGCCAAAGUAGUGACGCAGUUGAAAGCGUGAAACAGGGGAGGAGGAGGAGAAAAUUUGGCAUUGAUGUGGAAUUAUCGGAUCUAAUGCUUGUAGGGCAGGGUCAGAAUGAGAAGAAGGUUUUGAAUCUACGGUCUGGGAGGAGAAUCAUGAAGAGUGGAGGGGAAAAAAGGAGUGGUGAUAGUUCUGAAGGAGUUGAGAGUAAUGACGGUGAUAAGUUUUAUACUGGUAAUGAUAGUGAGUGUAUGUCAAGUGGCUGCAGAGGAAAUGGUGGUGUGAUGAAUGAGUCCAAGGUAAUUGCUGAAGGGGAUGGAUAUCAUAGUAUCAAUAAUGUGAAGAAAGUUACUGGAGAAGAGAAGGGCAAAAGUAAAGUACUUGAGAAGGCUUCCUUCAUGAGUGGCAUUGAUUUGUUGAAAUUGAAAUCUGAGGUGAAAGAAGCUGGUGGAAACAUGGUUAAGACUGAAAAGAAGGUUGAGGCCAGGAGUACUAGGAGAAAGGAUAAGGGGAAAGAAAAAUUAGUCGAAAGUGGUUCCUUAUCAAAAUCCUCUUGCUCAGUAGGACGCAAGUCCGAAAAUAAGUUAGAAAAAGAAAAUGACGACACUGUUUCAAGUUCUUCUUUAUUGGCCGAUAGUAUGUCAUCCCAAAAUGCAGAGCAGACCGACAUGAGUGUGACUGCUGACAGAAGGGUUCACAAGGUUCGAUUUCGUGAAAUAGCCAGGCGAAAUGCAUCUCGUUUUGCUCAUUUCUCAUCUCAAGAGGAGGAGGACAAUGCUGCUGAUACCUCUGGAAGGGAAAUUCCACCAUCUGACAUUAACACUGAAACAGAAGAUUGGCCUGGUCCAUUUUCAACUGCAAUGAAGAUUAUUAGGGAUCGUCAGAUGAAUGCAAAUGUUCAGCGGCAUAAUUCCUUGUCAGACAAAAGGGGGGUUGCAUCAGUUACAUGGAAACCCAAAAAGGAUCGACAGUGUAACCUUCAAAAGCAGUUGGUUCCCUCGUUGCAGGAUCUGUGCCUGACAAUUCUUGUGAAAAACGCCGAUGCAGUCACUUCGCUUGAUUGCAUUCCUGAUGUUUUGAGGCGCAGGCUAUCUCAAUUGCUUUGUGAUUCUCGGAGAAUGGGUGAUCAUUUCUUUGGCCUGCUUGUACAGGGUUCUCCCACUGAGAUUCAUCUAAGGGACUGUUCCUGGUUAUCUGAGGAAAUAUUCACUAGAACUUUUGAAGCAUGUGAUACUAGCAAUUUGACGGUCCUACAGCUUGAUCAGUGUGGAAGAUGUUUGGCAGAUUAUGUUCUUUUUGGUACAUUAGCUCGUGCUUCAAAUUGCCUGCCUGCUUUAACUGCUGCGUCAUUACGGGCUGCAUAUCGUCUUUCUGAUGUAGGUCUAAGUGCACUGGUUUCUGCUGCACCUUCACUAAGAUCUAUAAAUCUCAGCCAAUGUUCCCUUCUUACUUCUGAUGGCAUUGCCAGUUUGGCAGCUUCACUGGGAUCAGUUCUGAGGGAACUAUAUCUAGAUGACUGCCAAGGGCUAGAAGCCAAGCAUAUAUUGUCAGCUUUGUUAGAGUUUGAACAAUUGGAAGUCUUGUCAUUGGCUGGCAUGGAGACUGUUUCUGAUGAUUUUGUCAGUAGAUUUGUAAGCGAACGAGGUCACAAGAUAAAGGAGCUUGUUUUGGCAGAUUGCAUGAAAUUGACGGAUUCUUCUGUUAGAGUUAUUGCAGAAUAUUGUUCAGAAUUAUGUGCAAUUGAUCUCUCUAACUUGUGCAACUUAACAGAUACUGCAAUAGGGUACCUUGCAAAUGGUUGUCAAGCAAUUCAAGCUUUGAAACUCUGCCGCAACACAUUCAGCGAUGAAGCUGUUGCUGCUUAUCUUGAGACCUGUGGAGAUACUUUGAGAGAACUUUCACUAAGUAAUGUUAAACAGGUCGCUCAGAAUACCGCUAUAUCACUUGCCAGACUCUCUAGAAACCUGCAAUAUUUGGAUUUGUCCUGGUGUCGCAAUUUGACUAAUGAAGCCCUUGGAUUGAUUGUAGAUGGCUGCUUGUCUCUGAAAGUUUUGAAACUAUUUGGUUGUAGUCAGGUUACAGAUGUAUUUUUGUUGGGCCACUCUAAUCCAGAAGUACGAAUAAUUGGAUUGAAGAUGAAGCCCCUACUGGAACAUCUUGAGGUGCCUGAUCUACUACGAGGACCACUGCAUUAUUCAUCUGUUUCUCCUUCAUUGUGAUCCUGGUUUAACCUAGUUCAAAACCUAGUGGUGAAGUUCCAAAUUUCAGCUCCCAACUUUUCUGUAUCCUUGGGCAUAUUCCCUGUACAUUUUCAGCAGUAACAUGUGAUUUCAUGAUUUUGAUCAUGAAAACAAUUUUUGUGUUGUUAGUAGGGAAUGAAUCUCGCUUCAGCUGCUGACAAGUCUCAGGUUGCUUAUUUUUGGCCAUUUGGGGUAUACUGUGGCUUGUCAUGCAUGCAUAUUUUGUAACGAAAGCUUUGACAUCCCUAAUUUGUUUACAUGUUGGAGGUGUCAUAUACGUAUGUCUGAACAAUUUAUCCUCGAAGAUUUUUUAUUUGUUA